AUGAAAUGUAACAGUAAAUUGAAAAUUAUAAGUAAAAAUCUUAUUUUAGUUCCUUAUAUGGAAAAACAUGUACCAAAGUACCAUGAAUGGAUGCAGUCUGAAGAAUUGCAAAAGUUAACAGCAUCCGAACGUCUUACAUUAUGUCAAGAAUAUGAUAUGCAAAAAUCAUGGAGAGAAGAUGAAGACAAAUGCACAUUUAUUAUACUGGAUAGAAGAAAAUAUGAACUACACAAUGACGAAAUUGAUAGUAUGAUUGGAGACACAAAUAUAUUUAUAACUGACAAAGAUAUUGGGCAAGGAGAAAUUGAAAUUAUGCUUGCAGAAGAAUCAGCGAGAGGUAAAAAGUUAGGACAGGAAGCAGUUACCAUUAUGCUCUUAUAUGGAAUAGAAAGUAUUAAUUUAAAAAGAUAUGAGGCCAAAAUUUCACUUACAAAUGAGAUAUCUUUUAAAAUGUUUAAGAAACUAGGAUUUGAGGAAGAGUCAAGAAGUUUAGUUUUUCAAGAAAUUACUUUAGCAAGAAAUGUCACUGAAGAAUGGGUCAUAUCUUUAAAAGCCCAGUAUCCAUACACUGUACAAGAUUAUAUUAUGUAA